GGACAGUGCGGAUACAGAGCCUGGAGAGCAGGUAAUAGCCUACACCGAGCACUGCGGCUAGCGGGGACUACAACGCCCAUCAUCCACUGUAACAGGGGACUACAACUCCCACUAUCCACUGUGACAUGGACUACAACUCCCAGCAUCCACUGCAACCGGGGACUAAAACUCCCAGCAUCCACCGCAACCGGGGACUAAAACUCCCAGCAUCCACCGCAACCGGGGACUAAAACUCCCAGCAUCCACCGCAACCGGGGACUACAACUCCCAGCAUCCUCUGCAACCGGGGACUAAAACUCCCAGCAUCCACCGCAACCGGGGACUACAACUCCCAGCAUCCACCGCAACCGGGGACUACAACUCCCACUAUCCACUGCACCGGGGAAUACAACUCCCACUAUCCACUGUAACCGGGGACUACAACUCCCACUAUCCACUGUAACCGGGGACUACAACUCCCAGCAUCCACCACAACAGGGGACUGAAACUCCCAGCAUCCACUGUGACAUGGACUACAACUCCCACUAUCCACUGCACCGGGGAAUACAACUCCCAGCAUCCACUGCACCGGGGACUACAACUCCCACUAUUCACUGUAUAUGGGAAUCCAACCCCCACUAUAACACAAACUACAACUCCCACUAUCCACUGUAUCGGGAAAUACAAAUCCCACUAUCCACCAUAACAGGGACUACAGGUCCCACUAUCCAUUGUAUCGGGGAAUACAACUCCCACUAUCCACUGUGUCAGGGAAUAUAACUCCCACUAUCCACUGCACCAAUAAUACAACUCCCAUUAUCCAAUGUACCAGGGAAUACAACUCCAACUAUCCGCUGCACCAGGGAAUCCAUCACCCAGUAUCCCCUAUAUUAGGGAAUACAACUUCUAGUGUUCCCCCAAUACCCACUAUACCAGGGGAAUACAGCACCCUCCAACCUUUUUCCAGAGGAAUACAAUCAUACCAGGCAGUACAACUCCCAGCAUCCCCUCAUACCAGAGGAGUACAUUGAAUAGAACUCUCAGUAUCCCUACACCAUGGAGUAGAACUCUUGGCACCCCCUUACACCAGUUAUGGUUUAGUGAUUCUAUUGAGUGCUCACAGUCGAUUCUUCAUAUCAGUCUAUAACAUGUAGAAAUGUAUUUAAUAUAAUAUGAGAUUAUAUCUCUAAAUAUGAUGUAUGUCAAUGUAAUCCUCUAUUAUUUCAAACAGUGUUGCUCAGUUUGUGGAAGACCUCUACCUGUAGCCUGUGGGUAUAAUAAAAGUGGAAUAAUGAGUUAUUUGAUACAGUGUGAAGGUGGGAAGAAUGUCAUUCAGAUUAUAUUAGUGAAAUAGUGUAUUAUUGUAAGAGCUGAUUGGGUUAAUGAAAGUCUCUGGUUUGUCAGUGGAAUAAUGAAUUACAUGAAAUUGUGUUAUUGCUGCUAUCAGUGUAAUAAUGUAUUAUUUCAGUAUAGUGAUGUCCCGAACGGUUUGCCGAACGGUUCGUCAGGGACUCAUCAUUGAGUAAACUUUGACCCUGUACCUCACAGUCAGCAGACACAUUCCAGCCAAUCAGCAGCAGGGUCAAAGUUUACUCAAUGAUGAGUCCGUGGCGAACCGUUCGCGAACCGUUCGGCGAACCGUUCGGGACAUCACUAUUUCAGUAGUAUCUCAGCCUUGUGAGAUGACACUGGUAAUGUCUGUUUUAUUUAAUAUCAUUGGAAGCACCUGGGAGAAGAAAAUAGUGUUAUUUGCAUUUCCACCUAAUUUGCAUAGUGUUGCUAAGGUAAAAUAAUUCCAAAAGGAAUUUUGCAAUUCUGUUCCAACAACAGGUAGGCGUAGGCAGUUCUGUAGUACACACUUAAUUAUUAUUAAAAUGCUGCCAGAUAUUUAUUCAGGUCUGCCUAAAAAAUACACGCCACUGCCCAAAUUUAAAAUAAAUAACCAAUCAGUAUUUAGUAGAUAUACACAAAUAGAAAACAUGCAUGCAAUUAAUUAUGUAUUUUUUUAUUGGGGGUAAAAAUAAAAACAUCUUGCAAAAGCUGCAGAUCUCUCGUCUGCUACCUUUGCAAUCCCUCCCAUUUUAACCCCAUCCAGACUUUAUGUGGCUGUCCAAUCACAGACUUCCCAAUGCAACUCAAUGAGAAGUCUUUGCAAAGCAGGUGCUCUGUGCAAUUGCCGCCUCUGGAGUUUAGCUCCACUGAGCUAACCAAACCAGGAAGUAACAUGACUAGUUGCCUGAUUGACAGCUGGGGUGGGUGACAAGGUUAAUUUAUAAAAUGUUAUAAAAGUGCCAAUUUGAAUUGAAAACUGAACUUUUUAUAAGAUGAAAACAAAGGACACAAUCUUCACUUCAGCAUGUUACAGUGCAUUAGGUGUUUGUGGUGUCCCUUUAAGGUAUCCUUGCGCCGCUAUGAUUUAUUUGAAAUGAUUUGAUUGUGCUGUUAUCUUCUUUUCCAGAUUGCUUCCAUCCUUCUGGAUUUUCUCUUAGCAAUGGAACCCGUCUGCAUCGAGAACCUUCACAUAUUGUACCAAAGCCUUGACUUUUUGGUAGUGAACAAGCAUUGGGACAUCCGUAUAGACAGCAAGAUGUGGUAUGAGAAGCUCACCGUGCAGAGCCAGCUGAAGUACCGGUUUCCAGAGCUGGCAGACCCCGACACCUAUUAUGGGUUCCGGUGAGUAACUUAUUAAUAUGUGCAAUGUUUCCUCGAAGCAGUUUUUUUCCUGAACGUUCCAGCACUGAAACACUUAAAGUAGAUCUGUCACCAUCUGGGGUCUUUGCAUAGUUUUCAAAGACCCCUGACGAUGACAUUGCCGCUCGUGGUCUGGUGGCCAUGGGGUGCACAGACAAAGGUGAUUUUUACUUAUCUGUCCAACGCAUGCGCGGCCAUUGUCUUCCUGUCGCUCAUCCUCAGUUCCUGGUGUCUUAGCUAUCAGGAGCUGACGUCAGCAUUGUACUCUCGCUCAUGAGCAAUAGAACAGCAUGGAGGUCUAUGGAGGAUCCCACAACAUCGCAGGAUCCUCAAAAGAAAGAGCUAAUUUUUCUUUGACUAUAAAUGACUAGGCUUGACAAGGAUAGCUCUGUCUUAUGUCAAGCUUUGUUAGUUCUAUAUAUUUUUUUUAAUGGUGUAUAUUGCUUUUUAAAGAAAUGUUUUUGUUUUAUUUCUACUGCUGAGAAGCCAUGUUGGGUCAAAGAAGACCUUAAUUUGUCUCCGUUUAUCUUUUGACUGUUCUGGAAUUUCAAUGACAUUCCAGCACAGUCAGUCUAAAUAUUUCAUUAAAAAAAAAUAUACUAUAUAUUUUUUAUUUUUUCACUUAUUUUCUGGAUAUGUAAACCAAGGAAUUUCAACCAGUGUGGAUUGACUAACCUUAUAUACAAACAGUAACAUACAGUGCAGGAAUGUGGCACAGGAAGCAUGCACAUUAGGGAUUUUAUCUCUGUUCUACAUGGUUAUAAAUGUGAAUAGGGAUAUCUAUAUACUCCCUUUGUAUUUAGCAAAUUGUCAUAUUUUAUUUACAUUUCAUUUUGCCCUUUUUUUUGGUUGCUAUAUUUAAGGGAGCUUAGUGUUUGUGUGUUGUAGCACAAUUAUAAAGCAUAGGAUUGUUAAGCACUUACUAUUAAAGCACCUAUACUGAAUGUGCAAAUCUGUAAAAUAAACACUUAAAGGACCACAAUAAUGCCAGGAAAACAUACUUGUUUUCCUGGCACUGUAGUGCCCUGAGGGUGCCCCCACACUCAGGGUCCCACUCCAGUGGCACUGAGAGGGGAAGAAGGGGUUAAACUUACCUCUUUCUCCAGUGCCGGGCAGGGAGCUCUCCGCCUCCUCUCCUCCUCUUCGGCUGAAUGCGCAUGCGCGGCAGGAGCUGCGCGCGCAUUUAGCCAGUCUCAUAGGAAAGCAUUUACAGUGCUUUCCUAUGGACGCUGGCGUCUUCUCACUGUGAUUUUCACAGUGAGAAGCACGCAAGCGCCUCUAGCGGCUGGAUUAACCCUAACUUAAACAUAGCGGUUUCUCUAAAACCGCUAUGUUCAUUUAAAAAAAAAAAAAAAAAAAAGUUAACCCUAGCUGGACCUGGCACCCAGACCACUUCAUUAAGCUGAAGUGGUCUGGGUGCCUAUAGUGGUCCUUUAAGACUUUUUUGCAUCUAAUUUUGAGUGCGGUAUCAUAUGUAUAAAGAUUUAAAAAAAAACUUGCAUGCAGGGGACUGCUCCUGGUAAGGAGGUAAGCAUGUACCAAUAUAGUCCUGAAAGUGAAAUUGUUAUCAUAUCCAUCUAACCUGCACAAUGGCAACACAAAGUCAUCAUUGUAUGUAGACAAACUCCCACUGACUAAUCUCCUAUUAGCUUUUCAAAUGACAUUGGCAGACACCACUGUAUAGAUCAGGGGUAGGCAACCUUCGGCACUCUAGAUGUUGUGGACUACACCCCCCAUAAAGCUCUUACACCCAUAAUGCUGGCAAAGCAUCAUGGAAGGUGUAGUCCAAAACAUCUGGAGUACCGAAGGUUGCCUAUGCCUGGUAUAGAUCAUUCUCCCCUCUGCCUCUUUCAUUUAAAUUUACAGGGUUAUUCACUGAAUUGAGAAUUGCAGGGAAUUCAAAGGGAAUUUCAAAUUGUCCAAAGUAUCUGAACUGCAAACAUAGGUGACUGGGAGAAUUUUUUUGACCUUAAAUUUGAAAUAUUGUAUAUUGUGCAAUUACUUGAACAAAAUAAUUUAUUUUUCUCCAACUGAGCGGCCAUGUCGGGUCACACUCUACUGUUAUAUGACCAACUGCUGCUCAACCCAACUUGCCUACUGCUGCGAUUGGUCUGUGAAACUUUAGAUUGAGCAGCAGUUGAUUCGAUAACAAUAGACAAUGACCCAAGAUGGCUGCCUAGCCAUAUAAAAAGUUAAAGUUUUCCAAAAAAAACCCCCUCAGCAUACAUCAUUUAAAAAAAAAAUUAUAUAUAUAAUUAAGUUUCUUAAAUGCAAUAAGCUUUUAAAGAAUGAGCAGUGAAUAUUUGAUGACUGUUGUCCUUUAAGCUUUUUUUUUUUUUUUUCAUAACAGCUACUGGCCAUUAAGAUCCAAAGUGCAGCUAAAACAUUUUUUUAGAAAUUCCUUGUUUCUUUUUGAGCCCAGUAAAAUGAUGUAUUUAUUCUUUUAACAGGUUCUGCCACCAGCUAGAUUUCUCCACCAGUGGUGCUCUGUGCGUGGCCCUCAACAAGGAAGCUGCUGGUCGGGCGUACAAGUGUUUUAAGGAGCGUACAGUGACUAAGGCUUACCUUGCAUUGGUAAUUACUGUUUAAAAUAUUAUAACCCUACCAUUUCUUUUUAGUGCAAUAUAUUAGUUUAUGUGCUGGAGGAAAAAGCUGAAAAUAUUAGAGAAAACAUCUAAUUUGUCACUGAACAUUAAAGGGACACUAUUAGCGCAGUUUAUUGUAGUGGUUAUGGUAAAAGGCAUUUUGGAUGCAGUCAUUUUGUUUUGCCUUUGGCAUAAAAAAAGGAGACUCACAGCCUAUCAUUGCAUUCCAAAUUUGGGGGCCUGAAGAAUUCAGGGUUUUCAAAACCAUUUAAACAAUUUGACAAAAACUGAACCAAAGCACUCUUCUCACUAUAGCAAUAAUCUGUAGUGUUUAUGGUGCUUAGAUUGCCAAUUUAAAGGGACAAUUUUCAUAAUUUCAAGUAAACCCAUUUUCAGUGUGCUCACACGCCGUCGACAGGGGCAAACGCGCGUUGGGCGUUUUCUUGUAACUUUACAUUUUUGACAUGUUAUGAGUAGCAUUUUGUGCACUUCACCUUAAGCUUUUGUAGUCUGAGGGAAGUUUAGUUCAGGUAAGAACCGGCUUCUAGCUAUGAACUAGCUUGGUAAAUAGGGACAGAACUGGGAUCUGCUUGGUUUGUUUACAUUUUUGGCAGCUGUUAUUCCCCUUCUUUUUUUAAAUUUUUUUGUUUUAUUGAGGCAAAGAUACAAACAAUCAGACCUUGCAGAGAAUGCAUAUACAAUCCAGAGUAAAACAUUGAGUAUGGUAAGUAUGACAUUCAGAUACAGCGAGCCUCAGCUUGGUUUUUAAGAAUCAUUAAAUAACAAGCUGGUUUCAAGAAGGAAAACCUUGAGGCUGACAGCAUAAUACUUUUAUACUAUACCUAUGUAAUAAUAUGUAGGUAUACACUGAAAUAAUGUAACAAAAAUGCAAGGAGAGAAGUGGUGGUGCUUGGUUUUGUGUUGGGUAAGGUGCUGCUGAACAGGGUGGGUGGCAAUCAGUAAUCCACCAGAGUCAGCUGAUUCCCACGACUAGCAUAAUGGUUGCACCGCUCGAAGGAACUUGGUGCCAGGAUCGGGUGCCUCUCCAGCCCAUGCCUUGAUGAGGACCGGCAUCUGUGUGCCACAGGCUCAGUUACGAUUGCAGUCCGAGACUAUCCCCUUUUGAGUGUGGUCAGAGGGUCGGGGUGACCGGUGCUGCUGAGCAUGGACAGUCUUCCGCCCUGGUGGACAAUGCAGGGCAUACAAGCCACAUGUGGCCCUCGGCCUAGGUGAGUGAGGAAAUGGAUGCACAGGUUUUGUCCGAAGCUUUUCACCACGAGUAGGCCCCAUUUGUUUCUGGACGCUUGUUUCCCAAGGCUCUGCCCCCUUGUUCGUCUUUGGUAGUUGCCAUACAUUGCUGGAGUGUGAGUAAGUAGCGUUGGAAAUGGCGGUCGAGCUGCAUUUAGAACUCUGCAACAGCGUUGCUGGUAGUCUUCUAGAAGGGACUCAUGCCACGUGAGUCCAUGAGAGGAACGCCUGCCAUGUUGUGGGUUUGCACGCAGUUUAUCGUUGCAAGCCAGAUCUGUAAGCACUGAGAGGACUAGUAUAUGCCCCACCGGUCCGGGCGUGGGGGUGGGAGUGCAGCAGGUCCAAGUGUAGGGCUAGGGCGCAAGGAGAUCGGCCGCCUCUCCUCUGUCCAGGUCCCAGUAAGCUGCAAAAGGAUCAUUGGGCAUACAUACAAAGAAGGUGGAGUGAGGUUGGUAUUCACAUAUGGUAUCACUGUAAGAGACAAAAAAACAUAUGGCCAAAGCCUAGUGCAAUUCAGUUGGUUUUGAUUAAAUAAACAGUUAAAUAACUCUAGAAUGUGCUAAUCACAUUGUGCACUCGGUGGUGAAAAUGUUCGAGAAAGGUAUGAGACUGCUUGUCCAGGCUCCCCUGCCUGUGGAUAUAUCAAUGUCUAAGCAAAUAAGCCCAAGAAUCAAGCUCAAAAAAGCAAUUUUCAGCGAGAAAUGCAGGAGCUCAAAGCUAUACAGGUCUGAUCAGCUUAGUGGUCCGGCUCUGCCCCCGUUAUUUCCCCUUUUGGACUUUCUCUGUAUUAAGCUAAGAGUGGUUCGUUUAGUUUAGCUACACUUCACUCUUUUCUGUGUCUCGAGUUACCAAUAUGUUGUUUACUUAGGGACGUUCUUUUCCCUCCUGGGUCACUUUGGGACUUGUUUUUUUUUUUUUUUAUACUCAGUGGAGCUUAACUCGGUUAACUCGCUUUAGCAAUACAUUGUGUUCAAUGAUAUAGGGUAGUAUUUUGAGUUUUCUUUACUUUCCAGUCCCCCUUUAUGAACCCUAGGAUCAACUUAUUAUUAUUAUUAUUAUUAUUAUUAUUAUUAUUAUUGGCAUUUAUAAAGCGCCAACAAGUUCCACAGUGCUGUACAAUUGGGAUGACCUACCUAUGGUGGGUGGGUAAUUAUUCGUUUGCCAUCUAUUUGUCUUGGUUCUCAUGGAUACAAUCUGAUCAUCACUUUAUGUCGAGCUACUUUUUUUGCCUAUUCCUCUUUAUACUUGGUUCUUUUGCUGCUUUUUUCUCCUGUCACUCUACGUAUUAGGGGAGGGUAUGGGGGCUUUUCUUAUCCCUAUCCUUAAAGGGGUUAAAUUGUGUUUUCAGCAACGCAGCCAGUUACAUUUUAAUGGUUAAUUUUAGUUUAUAGGAGUUAAUGGUAACCUCACAUAAUAACUGAGUAAUGUAAAUAAUAGUAUUAGGUUACAUUAGUAUAAAAUCAAUUACCCACGUCGCUAUAAAAAGUGUUUUACAGUAAUUUAGAUAAAGAUUUAAAGUUUUAUAGAAUGCUAAAAAUGUCCACCAUAGUGUCAGUGUAAUUAUAAAGAAUGCUUUAACUGCAGAAUAAAACUUUUUCUCCUGUCUCUCGUUUCCCCCAUUCCUGACAGCUUCUUAAAAGGAGCCGUCAACCGGAGUUAUUUUUAGUAAUUUAUUCCACCCCUUUGGUGGGAAGCAGAUGUGUUCUGGCAUUCAGUAAGAGGAAUAGGGACAGGGGAUGUAAUUAUGCAAGAUGUUCCCAGCUCGGCUCGGUACAGUAUUAUCACACUAGUGUUUCUGUAAUGUUAUUACUCAUUUAAAGAAGUAUGCAAAUAAAAACACAAACUGGACCACUUUUUUUUUUUAUUAUUCUUUUUUUUUUUUCUGUGUAUAGUGAUUACAAACACAUCUGUAAUGUCACAACAGCAUGAACAAUUGACCUGAAAGCAUACACGGUCCUAACAAGGCAUGGCAGUAAUAGACAUUGCACUCUUUUCUUUAGUAAACAAGCAAGACUAUCACAUCCAACUGUGGUAACUUAAGUAGGUAAUUUAGACAGGAGGGUUUCCGUGGUUAACGAAAUCAAUCAUGCUAGACUGGCAGUUAAAUCAUGGUAGCAGUGAUGCCACUGGGUACUAGGCAUUGUUUAAAAAAAAAAAAAAAGGAUUAGGGGAGAAACUAGACAACAGAAAUAGAGGAGAGAAAAAAAGAAAAGCAUAGGAACACUGAUCUGCUAACUGGGUAGUAGCUGUACAUGCUGGGUUCAUCCGAUAUCCCGAGUAGGCCUCCAUAUACAGUCCACCUCUGGGUCAUGCCACCGUGGCCCAUGCCUAUAAUCUGUUGCAGUUCCUCUGUUCCUGGGUACGUCGUCUGUGGGAGAUCGAGCUGGAUGGGGAGCUUGCGUCACGUAUCUGUGUGCACUCCAUCUCUUUCUGGCAGGACUACGGAUCUUAGGGCGGUAAAAAGGUUGACGAGCUCUCCGUUUGUGUGGGUAGCUUGUAGGACGUGCCUCUGGAUGAGCCCUCUGUGCAGUGCAGGCUCGGUGGUCCGCUGGCUCGGCUUUCUCCGCGGUCUCUGGCUGAAUAUGUACAGCAUUGGAGGGAGGUUGGUGUGAACAGCGCCUCCAAAACUCCUGAGGGUAGUGGCGCGGUAGCCAUCUUUGUUUCACCAUGAGGGCUUAGUUUCUGUCUGAGAUUUUCUGGUUGCAGAGUGGUGAGCUUCCCCAGUGGGGACCAGUAUAUACCCCACCAGUGCAAAGGAGGGGGGGCUGUGGGGUAUCAGUGGAGACAUUGUGCAGAGUGUGUCCAGUGACGGGGGAUCGGCCGCCUCUCCCAAUCACCAGGCCGCAGCUUCUGCUAGGCCACAUGUUCCGACAGCAAUAACUCGGCUGUUUGAUUGAGAAAGAGAGUUUCCUCAGGUUCCUACUUAGUUUAGCAGUUAACCACCGUCGUAUAAGGCUGCAAGUGACAUGAUUUUAGGUUCAUUAAGCCAAAGUUAUGCUUAGUUUAGCCAGAGUUCUCAAAGAACACGACCAGCCAUCUUAGCUGUAAGGCCCCGCCCCGAAAUUGCCUAUUUCUAUGAGUAAUGUACACUUUUGUUAACUAAUUAAGAAACACCUUCCUGGCUUUCAAUCCAUUGCACUGAGUAACGGAGGUGGCAGGCGCACUCGGCUAGAUCGUUAAUGUCUUCUCUCACAAGUGUCAGUGAACCUGUGAGCGCAUGCGCAGCCCCAGCCUUGAUGGGCUUCAAAGACCUCCAUUGCCCCUCGUCUCGCAGCUCAAAAUCAGAAGCUUCUGGAUGAUGGGGUGGCUUGCAAAGGCUGCAGUUAGAAUACUGCAACUUUUGCAAUUUUUUUAUUUUUUAUUUUUUUUUAGGUAAAUACCCUCUAUGAUUACGUGCAUAAAAAUUGCAUGUAAUCAAUGUGGGUUAUAUACUAAAUAUUUUAUUUUGGUAAUUUGUGCUGUGGAGUGUUUCCUUUUAGUUGCUAUUAAACUCACCCAAACACGUAUCCAUGUGAUCAGUUAUGCCUAUUGAUGAUUGUAUCCCAAUAAGCUUGUCAUGCCCUUUAGUACACUGCUUAAUACCGGCAGAUGGCAGCCUUAGAAGGAGAAGUGGCUGUUCAGAUCCAGUCCCACUUUACAUGCCUCUGUUUCUGUGGAGUUAAAUAGGGCCUGGUGUUUAAAGCAAAUAUCUCUUGAGCAAUUACAUAGAUGAAAAAAAAUAGUUAGAUACAAGUUAUAGAGAGCUUUUGGUAACCACUGUUUAAUGAUACUAAGAGCUGUCCAACUGAAUACUCCACUUUAAAUAUAUUGCCUUGUUUCUUUGAUCUCCCAUGCUUAUAAUUGUUUUUAAUAGUUGCUGUUGUGAAGUUUGGUUCUGGUAAAUAAUGUGCUCAAAUCGCCAUCUCCUCUGGCUGUAAAGGUCAGUUAUCUCCUCAAGGAAUAUUUAUUGACAGAAGAUUGUCGUGACGAUUUAUCUGUUUUUCUUUUUAGGUCCGAGGUACUGUCACAGAAAAAUGCAUGACUAUCACAUUAGCCGUGGGCAAAAAUACUCAAGAAGGCUUCACACAUAUGAUGUGUGCUGAAGGCACAGUAGGUAAGUCUUAUAAAUAAAGCAUACGGAUUGUCAGAAACAGGCAGCUCACAGUCACCAUGAGUUAUCUACUAAACUGAGUAUUGAGAAGGGAACUGCGUGUUGUAAGUCAAACUAGCCAAGCAGGAAAAGUUGCUCAAUUGGAGUCCCCCCCCCAUUUUGGCGUAUAAUAUACAAAUAUAUUAUAAGUACUACAUUAUUUCAGAUUUAGGGAAAAGGCCCAACAUUGCAGUGUUUAUCUGUAUAUCUGUAUUUGUUUUUUUUUGUAUGGUUCCCUAAUACUUCCAAUCUUGAUUACCUACCCUGUGAAAAUGUAUCUCUUUUGUUUAUCUGCAAAACAACAAGUCUGCUUUAUAGAAACCACAAUUGAGCAGCGCUGCAGGAUAUGUUGGCGCUUUAUAAAUGCCAGUAAUAUAUAAAUAAAUAGUAUGGUCUAUAUCAGCAUGUCCGCGUUCUAAAUGAAAACAUGCUAAAACCAAAAGGUGAUGCACUUAGCAGGGAUUCCAUCUCCCAUUGGUUGAUUGGUUGUUAAUAUAAUGGUUGGAUAUAAAGGAUUGUUGUGCUAGCACACACAUUGAUGAAGAAGGAUUAAGGCUUGAGGUAUGGAUCCCUGAAUUGUCCAAUGCAGAGAAUAUGAAAUGCGAGAGGAACACCUAGUUAUUUAUCUGUUUCUGAUUUCAUGAUUUAGCCAGAUUGGGUAGAUUGUGCCCAGUUUCUAUUCGGACAGUCCUCCAUUUUCAGGAGCAGUGCUGCACCUUUUCCAUUAGCCAACUCUUUCUAGACCAAAACAGAGAUCAGGAAUAGUUUUUAUAGUACGGUUAGUGCAGGUUUCCAGGGAACUGUAAUGCAGCUUCUCAGGUCUGUUAUUUACUGGGUUAAGCACACAGUUUAAACCCCUUAAGGACGGAGCCAAUUGUACACGUUGUGAUCAAAACAAAACGUAAACAAAACCUGGAAUUUGCGCUAUAUGUGGUUCAACCAUAAUUCAUUCACCUCUUUCAUAUUAAGUGCACCCACACUUAUUAUAUAUAAUUUUGUUCAGGAGAAACAGGGCUUUAAUUUAAUAUCAAAUAUUCAUAUAUGAAACACAAUUGAAUGUGAAUAAAAUCUAAAAAAGUAUGGGACAUUAAUAAAAUGUGUUUAUAAUUUUGUACCGUGUAUAUAUAAUAAAUAAAUAUACAUAUAUAUUUAUUUAUUUUUUCACUGAUUGCUUUAGUAACUUUUUUUUUUUUUUUUUUAUGAUUUCGCCAGCAGGGAGACUGUCUGUCAGUUUAGGCAGUCCCCCUGCAGGCAGUGGUGUAUCCUGGUUUUGUGCUGCCCUAGGCAGGACAAAACUCAGGCACCCCCCCUGCGCCACCCCCACCCAACCCUCCCCCCCCGCCCCACCUUCUAAAUACACACACACACAAACAGUCAGACACAGACACACACACACACACAGUCAGGCACAGACACACACACAGUCAGACACAAACACACACAAACACACACACAGACACAAACACACACACAGUCAGACACAAACACACACACACACAAAAUCAGACACAAACACACACACACACAGACACAAACACACACACACACAGUCAGACAUAAACACAAACACACAGUCAGACACAAACACACAGUCAGGCACAAACACACAGUCAGACACAAACACACAGUCAGACACAAACACAGACACACAGACACAAACACACAUAAACACAAACACACACACACAGUCAGACACACACUCACAUCAAAAAAAUGUUUUCUUUUUUUUUAAUCCCCCCCCCAGCCUCCUUACCUUUGGGAGUGCUGGGGGGGGGGGGUCUCUCUCUCCCUGGUGGUCCAGUGGCUGCCGGUCGGGCAGGCGGCGCUGGCUGUUGGGUGGGCAGCUGGCGAGGGAGCACUUCCUCUGAGCGGUCUGCUCAGCUCCCUCGCGCGCUGCAGAGUGAGGCUGGGAGCCGGAAUAUGACGUCAUCUUCCGGCCCCCAGCCUCACUCUGCGGCAUGCGAGGGAGCUGAGCGGAUCGCUCAGAGGAAGAGCUCCCUCGUCAGCCGCCCGCCCAGCGCCGCCCGCCCGCUCGGGCAUGUCUGUUAGCCGCAAGGCUAACUAGGCAUUUGCCCUGGGCAUUUGGGGGCGGCGUUUUUUGCCGCACCCUGAAAAAUGCCGCCCAAGGCAAAUGCCUUGUUUGCCUCGCGGCUAAUACGCCCCUGCCUGCAGGCAGCUGCAUAGGCAGCUAUGCCUGCCAUGUGAUUGCUCUUUUUAGUAUUUUUAUUAUUGCCAUUUAUAUAGCGCCAACAGAUUCCGUAGCGCUUUACAAUAUGAGAGGGGGGAUUUAACUAUAAAUAGGACACUUAAAAGAAAACUUACAGGAACGAUAGGUUGAAGAGGGCCCUGUUUAAACGAGCUUACAGUUCAGAGCGAUCACAUGGUCCCCGGGGCUAAAUUGCUGCGGGGGGAAUGCCUGACUGCCAGGCAGUCCCCCAGAAGAGAAUCGCGACAGAGGUGAGUACUUGCAGAGCUCUGGGGCUUUAAAGCCCAUUAUAUGGGGACAGCAUAGAACGCCCUAACAGCGUUAAGGGGUUAAAGUAUUAGCCAUGUGCACGCUACUAAUUUUUGAUUAAAAAUGCUCUAUGUCUGUAUAUGUAAUACAUUUCAAUGUGUACUGACGUUAUGUCUUACUUAUAUUAUUAUUAUUGUUAUUAUUGGCAUUUAUACAGCGCCAACUUAUUCCGCAGCAUUUUCCAAUAAUAUAAAGGGGUAAAAUUUAACAACAAAUGAGACAAUUACAAAAUGUUACAGGAGCAAUAGGUUGAUGAGGACCCUCCUCAAACAAGCUUACAGUCUAGAGGAUUGUUUAAAAACAAAAAACAAAAAAAAAAAACCUUUUGCCCUAUGUUAGCGAAAUUAACACUUUCCUUGCCAUUAGAUCACUGCUUGCACUGAUCAAAGCUCGAGUACAUUCUCUCCUUUAUUUCACCCAUUGCUUUUGUGUUCAGGAUGUGAUAAUGCCAAGCCGUGUCAGACUGAUCUGACCGUCUUGCAACAUGGAUUGUAUAAAGGGGAUCCGGUCACUAAGGUCCUGCUUCAGCCACUGACUGGUAAGUAGACAGAUCCUCAUCUUCUGCAUUACUUAAUAAUUUUUAAAAUAAAUACAGGCAUGAACAAGCAAAUUCAGGGACAUAGGAGCUUUUAAUGCAAAGCAUUAGAGUAAUAAAAAAAGAAAAAAUGAUUAGGUGAUUGCCAAUGGUCCUUGUCCCCUCCAUGGUAGGAAAGUUAUGGGCAUUAGGAUACAUUUUACACUUGCUCGCCAAUUUAUAGUUAUAGGUUCUUUUUUUUUUUUUUUGUCCAUUUGGUUUGUUUUUUGUUUUUAUUUUUAUAUUUCUCGUCCAUCAAUUGGGGCGCAAGUAUAUUAGCGCCCCAAUCAUGGGUAGCAGUAGGUCAUUCUUGCUAUGCCCCAUGGAUCGCUAGGGUAUGGGAGGGGGUAUGUUUACAGUGUUUGAAUUUCCUUGUUAGGGGGGUUUCAGAUUUGGGUGUUAAUUCUAUUUGUAUGUUCAAGUAUCUAUACUCUAAUGUACUGUCCUGCGAGUCUGCUGCUUUACCUAUGCCAACUUGCUGUGGUUGUCGCUUGAGUGGUUUGGUAACAUAAUAAAUCAUGUGGGUUCUUCACUAAGCAGAAAAUUGUAGUAAAUUUAACAACAAAUUGCAUUACUUAGGCCAAAACGACUGAUUUGAAACAAAUUCUCCUACUCUUUGAUAGUCACUAUUCUAUCCUGAAUUUUGCUGUUUAGUUUUGAAUAUUUAUCACUGUAUUACAAAUAGUGCAAGACUAACAAUUACUUUAUCAAGGUAAAUGCAUUUUUUGUGACAUUCCAGGUAGGACACACCAGCUGAGGGUGCACUGCAGUGCCUUGGGGUAUCCUAUAGUGGGCGACUUCACCUACAGCUUUAAGAAAGAUGUUGAACCCUAUCGAAUGAUGCUUCAUGCCUACUAUCUGCGAAUCCCAGUUAACCCGGAACUCAUAGAAGUUACAGCUCCCGAUCCCUUCAGGCCAGAAGUGGAUCCUUACUGGGUGCCCAUCGACACCAUCCAUCCGCUGUGCCAGGCUAUGAAACAAAUGACUCACAAGGCACUGGUAUCUGAAAGAAGCCGACAAAUGCACGAACAGGAAAGCUCACCAAAAACUAUGGAAACGAGCGAAGAGACCGAAGAGCAAAGGGCCGUCUGCCAACAGUGGUUAACGGAGUGGGCGGGCGAAUAAUACUUUGUGAUGUAUAUUUUACUGUAGCGGAAAUCACAACUGGUUAGUACCAAGCGUUAGUGCACUAAUCUCCUAGUUCAGCCGGUGUCUGCAGAUCGAGCUCCAGCCUCCCAGCAGCAAUAUCACUGUUUCACAGCUGUAGGAUCACUUGAUGCAUUGUGUUGGAAGCAUCCCCAAUGCUAUAGAAGUUUACCAGCAGUUUCAUUAUUAGUGUCUAUGUAACGCUUCUUUAAGUAAGCUAGGAUGAAAAUCUUCCCCUGGCACAAUGGAUAUUUUUUUUGUAACUUUUUAUUUUUUACAAAUUUUUCCUUCUGUAUGUCAUGGACUUAAACAUUUAUUUAUUUUAUUUAUUUCACUGGGCUCUGACUAUAGUGUUAAGAUUGGCACAUGUUUAUGGCCGUGGGUAUCAUUGGCAGGAUCAAUAACUAUGUUGUGGGUGUCUAAAAGGUUUGCUUCUUUUUUCUUCAUCCAAAUCUUACCUCCAACAAGUGGAGAAUGAGUAUUGUAGUUUUGGUUUUACCUGUUUCCCCCUCAAUUCUCCCCGCCAAAAAAACACAAUUUAUUCCUGCAAUCACAAGUCACAAAUUUCGUUGCUUUUCUUUUCAUCUUUUGGUUUUAAGACAUUAAUGAUGAUUUUUAGAGUUAUUUUUUUAACAGUAAUAAUUUGAAACACAAGGAUCCUAAUGAUGAGUUCUAUUUUGUUUCAAUUAUUCAUACCUCUACGUUUGCACAGAUUCAAAAGCCUUAAACGUGUAAUUUACCCAAGCGGCUAGUUCGAUAAUUGGCCAAACAGAUUCACAAGCCUUAAACAUCUAAUUUACCCAAGCGGUUAGUUCAAUAAAUGGCCAUUUAUGCUGUGCUGAUAGAUUCUACAUCAGGGAGAGUUGGAGGUCUCGUUGGUCUUGCCGUCAUUCUGUCUGAUAGAAAGCACUAUAGAAAAGGCAUAGGGUCAAUGUCCAUAAAGACCAAUGCUACUCUAUUAUGCUUGACUAUGGUAUUGCGAGUACAAGUUCUCAAUGGUGAACACAAGUUAUACCAGGGCCAGUUUCUCUCCUAGGAUCUCCUUCAGCACGAUGUUAAAAGUAGCAGCAUAUAAGCAGGGUUUAUCUUUUAAGCAAUAGUAAGCAGAUCUAGCAUAAAAUGUGGGUGCACUAAAAUAAAAGCCAUUUAUUCAAGGAGAAAUAAUAGCCAUAUUCCUCUUUUUUUAAUAAAACUUUUAUUUUUUUAUUUUUUUUAUUUUCCUGAUGUUUACGAUUCUAUUUUGGUGUAUGAUGUUCUUAUCAAGUAGGCCCUGAACCCCAAUAAAUCCACAAAGAGAAGUAGAAAAAAAUAUACAAUUUCCAUUAUCCUUCGGUACUUUAUUUCUUUUAUAUGAUAUUUUUUUUCCCUUUGCCAUUAAAACUCAUCUGAAUGCAAUAGGAAUCCUAAGAAGACCAAAUGUUAUGACCUAAUUUGUUUGGUUUUAACAGCUAUUUAUUCCAAAAUGAAAAUAUCUAAUAUUUUUUUCUUAACUUAAGCCAUAUAAAGAGUCUGUUUCACAGGUGGUCAAAAAGCAGACCUCUAGCUGUUGAGCACCUACAACUACCAUGAUGCUUUGCCACCCCUGGUCUAUUCUGUUUACUGAAUCGACCCCUUGCAGCUGGUCAGUUCUGUUCCACCUGUUGUUUGUCUACUGUUCAGCUAUCUUUGUCCAUAUGCUUUGGUUUACUUUUUAACUGGACUUUUCAAAGUAAAUCCUACUGAUUAUUUCUUCCAAAAUUAGCCUACUGUGUUUAAAUGAACUGAUGAGUCAAAUCUCUCUGCUAAAAUGGGAGUUUAUUCACUAAACGUGAGUCGUGGUUAUCUGACAACCAAAAAGAUAACUUCUUAAUGUCUGAUUUUGUCCGUAACUGUUGUUUAAAGGGGAACUGUCUCACCAUGAGGUUUUUAAUAUAUCGUCCUAUCCUCUAUUAUUAACAAAUAAGUGUUUGGGAGCUCUGAAAAAAUCUGAAUGAUAGAAAUCAACACCGCUGUAUUUAGCUCUAUUCUGGAAUGAAGUGCUUACCUUUCAAUAGUUGUAAGCCCUGUCCUUUUCACCUGGAUGUCAGCAUAGAAAGAAAUUAAAUAUUUUCAGAAAGAAUUAAAUAUUUUCAUUUUUUUUUUCUUCUCAUUAGCAGCGUGUACCCUGAUCGUGCCUAAACUAAACUGGAUUGUGAUGUCAUUUGCUUAAUCUUUAAUAUACAAUUACAAGUAAAUGGAGCAUCACGUGUAAAAAGAUUAACACACGUUACAGGUGAUUUAAACAAAAAAUAUAUGUUUUCUUUAGUGGUGUAAUUUCCAAAAAUAAUGGUUUCUAUUUAAAUUCUGAUAUUGCCACAAUUCAUGCUUUAAUGAAUAAACUUCAUUUUACACUAGCAGAUCCUCCAGCACAGAAUAUCGUACGAUGUUUUUUAUUACUCUAUUUUGUUGUUUUUAUUUAGUUAUUUUUUUCUUGAAAUAUACUUUGAUAACAAAAUCUUUGAAAGUGUAAUGUUCUGCGUUUUGAGACUGGAAAUAUAGAUUUGUUUUUAUGUGUGUAAAUAUAUAUUUAUUUAUUAAUUCUGGUUUAUUUAUAAUACAUGUGUUAUCCUACCAUGUUUUUAGAUAUACAGCACACAUCUAUUUAAUUCUGUUUUAUUACCUCGGUCAUUACCUUAAUGUUGGCAGCUUAUGUGCUUUAUAUACGGUGUAGUGAAAACACGAUUUAAAUGUAUCCAGAUAUAUAGAAUAAACAUAUAACCGUA